AUAACAAAAAUGGCAAGUGAUACGGGUCGAAAAAUGUUCCAAUUAGGUACGAACCGAUAUGGUACGCGAUUCGGUUACCUAAUGCGAACCCAUUUAAAUCAAACCCAAAUAUAGGAUUAGGAUUCGCACUGUGUGAAGAGGAUGUGAAUGCUUUAGUUGGUCAAAGGUCAAAGUUUCAAAUAAAGUAAACUUGAGUUAAGUUGAGACUUUAAACAAUUUGGGCAAUUUUCCAACAACAUUCCUCCGAUCAACAGCAGCAGUUUACCGGUGACCGGCGAUCAAAUGACCGGUUGUGACGUCAUCGGCGGUUGUCCGAGCGACUACGUUGCUCUUUCCGUCGCUAUCCUCUCAUUCCUACUCCUUUUAUUGAGAUCGACUUUGCCCUUUUUAAUUCACAAAGUUCCUAGACCUAAAGGAAGUAGUUUUUGGAUCCCAACAAUUCAGAUCGUGGCUAGCUUCAAUCUUUUGCUGUCACUUGCGAUGUCUCUUAAUGUUGUGAGGUUUCACAGGAAGCAUUGGUGGCAAUCCUGUUAUCUCUGGGCAGUUUGGGUCAACGGUCCACUUGGAUUUGGAUUGUUAUUGAGCUGUCGCCUUAUUCAAGCAGCCCACCUGUAUAGCGUAUUUGUCAAGAGGCGUUUAUUUCCGAUAAGAUCAUAUAUCAGUCUUCCACUUGCUCUUUUGCCCUGGGUAGCCUUUGCUACAUUACUUCACGUUAAGCAGCCGUUAAAUAAUCGAUGCCAUAUGGGGACUCAAUGGGUUGGACCGUAUAUGUGUUUUCCUGUCGUAUACAUUGCUGCUUUGGUUUGUAUUACUGGAGCCAUUCAUCAUAUUGAGUUCAAAUUCGAUGAGCUCAAGGACCUUUGGCGGGCCAUACUCGUAACUAUGUUUUCAGUUGGUGUAUGGGUGGUUGCUUAUGUUUUGAACGAGACGCAUGAGGAGAAAACAUGGCUUCAAGUCACCACCAGAUGUUUGCUUUUAGUUGUGGCAAGUUUUCUUGUGGUGGCGUUCUUCUCAAUUUCAUUCUCUCACCCACUGGUGUCAGUUAUGAGCUUAAACAAGAAGGAAAGCUUUAAUUUAAAGACCAUGGGGGAAGCUCUCGGAAUACCUGAUAGUGGGAGUUUGUCACAGAACGAUGCAACUCUCGAUGUCGAUCCAAAUGAUCCGUUGGAUAAACUUUUACAGAAUAAAAGAUUUCUGUUAUCUUUCAUGGAGUUUGCGGACAGUUGUUUGGCUGGGGAAAGUGUGCAUUUUUACAGUGAAGUACAACAGCUUGAAAAAAUACCCGUAACCGAUCCUGUUAAAAGAAUUUACAUGGUGCGACACAUUAUCGAGAAGUACAUAAGCGCAGGCUCGCCAAUGGAGGUAAAUAUAUCUCACAGAACCCGACAAGAGAUUCUCACAACUCUGGAUCUUGCACACCCAGAUCUCUUCAAGAACGCUGUGAAUGAGUUGCUGCAUUUAAUAAACAUGAACUUGGCAAAAGAUUAUUGGUCAUCGAUGUUCUUCUUAAAGUUUAAAGAAGAAGCUGCUAUGAGAAGUGUUGAUCGUGAACUUGAACAAGUAAACGGUUGGAACUUUUCUCCAAGGUUAAGCUCAGUUCAUUGUCCCGACGACCCGUUCUACCAGAUUCCAAGGGACCCACCUAGCAAUGAUGGUCAUGGUUCGUACCUGCAGUGAGUACGUCAAAUUACAAAAAUGCCCUUGUAUCAGUCUACAGAAGCAGCAUUCUGGCUAAACAUAAACUGGUCAACGUUUUGACCUAACCCGUUGGCCAUGGCCUAUAGGUUAGGGAGAAAUAUGACAUAUCAGUCAACCAUGAAUGCAAGGUGGUUAACCCUUAAUAGGGGUAAGGUUGGGCCUAUCAAUUGACAAUUAAGCUUUAAGGUCACAUGAAGUUAGUAAUCAGGCACUAGAUCACUCAGAUUUCUGCCAUUUGUACCAUUAUUUGUAUAGCACAAUGAAAUCAUAUAAACAUUUGUAUAUUUUGUUAUGGGUUUAAUUUGCACAAUGAAACUUGAUACGA